CAGAGAGAUGGCUACUCCAGUCGCCACAGAAAAUGUCACCCUUCCAAACAAUAGCAGCAAGACAAUUCUGGUGCGCCAUCUUCCAUCAGAUUUAACACAAAGUGAGAAGGUGGAUCUGCUGAAGUAUUUCGGAGCAGUGUCUGUGCGGAUUUUAUCAGACAAAGGAAGACUGAAACAUACAGCUUUUGCUACUUUCUCAUCAACUCAUGCAGCAGCGAAGGCUUUGACCAGACUGCAUCAGUUAAGAGUCCUGGGCCAUACUUUGGUGGUGGAAUAUGCGAAGGAACAGGAGCACGUCAAGCAACUGGAACCAGGGACAGUCUGCGAUGAAAACAAACCUCACGCGACACAAAAAACUUCAGGCGAUGAGGUUGUGAAGCAGGCUCUGAAACCAAGAGUUCCCACUAUUGAGGAUGCGAUUGCCAAGAGCCUCGGGUUUACCUAUCCCAUGAACCCAUGUCUGAAGUAUCUGUACCCACCGCCAUCCAGCGUCACUCUGGCCAACAUUGCAAAUGCCAUGGCAAGUGUACCCAAGUUCUACGUGCAGGUUCUGCACCUGAUGAACAAGAUGAAUCUGCCUGCUCCCUUCGGACCCAUCACGACCCGCCCUCCAAUGUAUGAGGAGUAUGCUCCUGCCCCCCCACCAAUGCCUCCACUGCCCCCAGAGGAACCACCUCUGCCCGAGGAAGAGAUGGAUGUUUCGAGUGAGGAAGAAUCCGAAUAUGAAAGUGGAAGUGAAGAGGAUAAAGAAAGGAUGGUGCGAUUGAUGGAAUUGGCCUCACUUCCACCAAAACAGAGACAGAAGAGAAAGCGAGCCUCAGUCCGAAAACGACCUAGACUAAAGGACCUGAUUAACGUGCCAAAAGCACCUACCCAGAGCUCGCAUCCUGUUGUUCCACCGUCUGAAGUCUUUGACCAGCCGCAGCCUCACAGUCAAAAGAAAAUUGAAUUCCACAUCUCUGUCGAUGCUAGCAGCUUGUUGGAGGGAGGAGGUGAUCAUCGAACAGAGCCACAAGAGAAUUCCGAACCUCAAAAUUCAGGAUUUGGGAAAAUCCAACCAACACCUGUAUGUUCAAAAAAUGAAAGUGAGGAGGAGGAAGAGGAAGAAAUUCCCUCUGAGUUCAUUUCCAAGAAACAGUUGGCCAAAGGAAGGAUCUCCAGAGAUGAGAUGGAGAGCAUUUCGUUGUUUAAGAAUUACAAUCCAGGUGAACCGACCUGUCGCCUGUACGUAAAGAACCUUUCCAAACAAGUUGAAGAGAAGGAUUUGAAGUUCAUCUUUGGCAGAUACGUUGAUUUCUCAUCGCAAACUGAGAGGAACAUGUUUGACAUCCGACUGAUGAAAGAAGGGAGGAUGAAGGGCCAGGCCUUCAUUGGGCUUCCCAAUGAGAAGGCUGCAGCCAAGGCCCUCAAGGAAGUCAAUGGGUUUGAGCUCAAAGAAAAACCGAUGGUGGUUCAAUUUGCCCGCUCUGCACGGCCGAAACAAGAUCCAGCAGACGGCAGGAGAGGCCAAGGGAAGUGAAGAUCAGAGGGUUGUAUGUUGACACUGUUCACAGUAAAAGCCCAGUCAUCAGUUUGGGGCAGUGAUAAUUCAGUGUAUCCUUUAUAAUGUAUCCUUUUAUAUAUAAAACGCAAUGACUCAAAAGACAGCAUUGAUGCUCCUGUCAUUCACUUAUUGAGAAUUCAUGGGGAAAUGAGGCCUCUCAGUAACUCGGUCUGUUAUUUGAGUGGCCAGGAAAGUGGAGUUGAAGCCCAGCAUCAGCCAGGAUCAUGUUCAGUGGUGCAGUGCUAGAUUGGCCAGAGAGUCUGCUCCGAUUUCUGUUUCGUAAACUCGUUGAAGAAGGGCUGAAGAAGGGCUAAUGCCCGAAACGUCGAUUCUCCUGUUCCCUAGAUGCUGCCUGACCUGCUGCGCUUUUCCAGCAACACAUUUCCAUCUCUGUUAUUUCUUUUGUUCAGUGACUUGGUUUUAAUCUUCAGAUCAGUCAUGAUCACUUUUUAGAAACUCUUCUGCUAUAAUUGGUGAAUAGUCCACGACAUCAAGAUAUCGCAAGCACACGUGGACUCAGCCCUCAUUUAUUCUUCCUGCUUUGGAGCACGGUGUGUGUCAGAAACCCAGAAUGCUGCAGUGAUGUUGAGGUUUGAACCGAUCUGAACCACAACCCGUUUCCCCUGUGGUAACGUGAGCAGGAAUGAGAAACGGUUUUCAGUUGCUGUCAGAUCAGUAACCCAGUGGCAAAUCCAGUUGCCUGUGGAAGUUUCUUUCACAGUUAAGGGAGCUAAGUUGUCAUUGCUCCAAUCAGAAUGUGCCGCAAUAGAGCCUGGGCUCUCCAAUCCUGGUACCUGUGCCUCAUAUUUCAGGCACUUCCCCUCCCCCCCACACCCACAAUAUCACCACCUCAGAGGGUUAUUAAAUUAGAUUAAAUCCCCGCUAAUUAGUGUGUGGGACAGAGGCUGUAUGGGGUGUUUUCUCUCCAAUCCUUGAGCCAAGGAGGCUGUGUCAGGGGAUCUCACAUCUUGAGGUGGAAAAAUUGUUAAUAGAAUUAGUCGUUAGAUUGUACAGGAUUUGAAAGUUGCUGGAAAAAAGACACAUUUUGUUGAAGCUUUUUUUUGUCUUUCACUCAUCAGGACACUUCACAAGAAUGCCAACAUAAAGGGAAAACAGCAUUUAUUCUGUGGGAAAGGAGAGUGCUGAUUGGUCAGCAAAUGAACUCUACAUGGUAGCGGCAUUGCCUUGAGAAUUAAUGGUUGACAGUUAACUGCUAGGCUUUGUUUAAAUUUUAAACCAGACAAGUUGACUCUGAUUAGUCAAAACAUCUCCCUGAGAAAUGAGUCAGUGAAUGGCUGUCACCUAUUCUGUUGAGGUGAAACAGGUGCAGUGUGUGUUCUUCCUGUCUACAAAUGGCUUUGACUAUUAAUACAUGGAGCUUCCAGUGCCCACAAUACACCACACUGAGCCCAACCAACAAUCCAGACUUGGUUAUCAGUCUGUCCUGAAUCCUCUGGCAAAUACUGAUCAAUAGUGUGGCACAUCUGUUAUUUCUUACAAUUUGUCCUGAUGUGUGUAAGAAGAAAACCUCUAACAGUCUUUUUUUUAAGCAAAACCAGAGACCGAUUAGUGGCUUUCUCCUUCCUCUGUCCUGUUGAUCCAGAGUGAAGGAUAGACGUCCCCGUGCUCCAGCACCCAAUAGCAGUAUUGAAAUCUCAUCAUGCUGUAACUGUGGGCUGUAAACUCUACCUGCCAUACUGUGCCUAGCCUCAUUGGAAGUUUCCACACCACAGCAACUCCUGACAUGUCCUCUUUAUCUCAUUCAGAUCAUCAGCAGAUCCUUCUCUGCUGUUUCUCCACAUUGGUCCAGUGUUCUGUUAAAUGUAUUGACAUUGUUUCCAUCUACCACUUACCCUGGCAGUGACUUCCUGUCUCCCCACUGAGUAAAGAGGUUUUUCCUGACUUGGAUUUACUAAAAUGUGUAAUGGCCCCGGCUUCUAGUGUCUCCCAUUAACAGAAUUAUUGACUCGGCAUCAGCUGAGACUCUUCCAGAAUCCUGAAGUUACCAAUCAGAUCCCCCCUCCGUUUUCUCAAUGUUGGAAACAGCCCUCCAGCAUGUUCAGCCUUUGUUCAUAGUUCAGGCACUGUCCUUGUUACUACUUGUACAGGGAGAAAUGGAGAAUUGUCUUAUCCUGAGAAUUUCUCUGAGUAUUUAACUUCUACUUCUGGUAUCCUGCAAUCAUCUGGUUCAGAAAUGUUCAGGCCCAUGAGUUGAGGAAGAGCCAGGAUGAGGGUAAAAAGCAUUGUUUCUGGAUGUGGAGUGUUGCAGUCUGAGUUCUGAUGAAGUGUUUGUGGGUCACUGGGAAACAUUGUGAAUCUGAGAGAUGGUAGCCCCAGCACUACAAGGAAGUCCUCAUUCUGUUUUUAAAUGCCAUCAUGUUUGGGAUGCUGUGGAUGUUCUGUACUCUGGGAAAGUGUCAAUAUCUGCAGUCAGUUGUUGAAUUCUUGCUGCUUGAAUGAAUGUGUUCAACAAAAAUAAAAGCUGGUGUAACAAAA